CAGUCAACCACCUGUACAUCAAGCAACAUGGUCGCCCUCAAGAUCUUUGCCUUCGCCGCCGUGCUGGCCGUGGCCAGCGCCGGCUACCUGUCCGCCCCCGCCGUCUCCUACGCCGCCCCAGCCGUCGCCUACGCCGCCCCCGCCGUCGCCUACGCCGCCCCCGCGGCCGUCGCCCCCGCGGCCAUCACCUCCCAGAGCUCCAACAUCCUGAGGAGCUUCGGCAACCUGGGACAGGUGUCCACCUACACCAAGACCGUCGACACGCCCUACUCCAGCGUCACCAAGUCCGACGUCCGCGUCAGCAACGACGCCAUCGCACACGUCGCCGCCCCCGCACUGGCCUACGCCGCCCCCGCGUACUACCACUAACCACCGAGGCAGCACUUCAACCUCAGCUCUUCUUCUGUCUAUUUAUUUUCCUUCAAGCUCUGUCAUCUUCCGUAAAUAAAAUCUUUCUGCGACAUUA